UAACACAGCAAAGACAAAUCCUUUUGUGUUAGAGAAGAGCCAGAUCACAGCUGAAGAAGACUCCUGUGUUGAAAUCAAAUGUAAACCCACAGGUGUUCCUGCAGAUACUGGAGGUGCAGAAUGGUUUUGGAUGAAGAAUGCGACCUGGACUGGUAGUAAAGGCUUCACUGGGACUGUCCUUUACAGCACUGAUGAGUCAAAAAGGCCCGUCAGUCCACUCUUUAAAAACAGAGUAACAUAUACAGGCUCUACACAUGGAUCUGCUGGAACACAACAAGGACAUCAACUGUGUCAAAUUCAAAUCUGUAGUCUGAGUUUAAGUGACAGUGGAAUUUAUCUGUUCAGAUAUGAGAAAGGAAAUGAUAAAUGGGUGACAGAGCCUAGAGCUAACCUAACUGUUGGUGUCGUUCCUCAAGUUGAGAUUCUGAUUCAGAAUCAGAGUGAAGGAACAUUAGAAGACAUCAAAGAAGGAGACAGCAUCACUCUUGAGUGCAAACUGAAGAAAAGUAACCCAAAACCUGACAGCUUUUCCUGGCAUAAAGAUGGGAAACACCUCAACAAUGUUCAGAUUUAUGAAUUGAUCAGGAUCAAACCAGAGGACAGAGGCAGCUACACAUGUGGAGCCAGAAACCUGAUUGGUUCUGAAACUUCACAACCGAUUUAUCUUGAUGUUAAAUACAAGCCGAGGAAUAUCCGCAUUUCCAGCCAGGGUCUUCAUAAUAACAGAGUUAAAAUCAACACCAGUGUCUCAUUUACCUGCAAUGCUGCAGCAAAUCCACCGCCGCAGUUCUCCUGGUACAAACAGUCUGAAGGAAAACCAAAGAUUUUAAUAACAGACCAAAAGGUUUUCAAUAUAAGUCGGGUUCAAAGAACAGAUGAAGCAUGUUACGUGUGCUCUGCAUCCAAUAUCCUCGGUCAAGGGAAUGGCAGUACUUGUAUACAAUUUUUGUGUGAGUAACAACUUUUUUAAACCAUUAAAGGCCCAGUCCCACAAAUUUGGCGGCCAUUUCACGGCUGGAGCACAGAAAAAGCUUCAUCCCUGUGGUACAGAAGUUGUUAGGAGCGGACUGGUAGU